AUGGGCUGGCACUUCAGAGCAGCUGUAGUGCUGUUCAUUUUUCUGGUGGUAGUGGAAGUUAACAGUGAAUUUCAAAUUCAGGUACGAGAUUAUAACACUAAAAAUGGCACCAUCAAGUGGCAUUCAAUCAGAAGGCAAAAACGUGAAUGGAUCAAGUUUGCUGCUGCCUGCCGUGAAGGUGAAGACAACUCUAAAAGGAACCCAAUAGCCAAAAUCCAUUCAGAUUGUGCUGCAAACCAGCAAGUAACAUACCGCAUCUCUGGAGUAGGAAUUGAUCAACCACCUUUGGGAAUCUUUGUGAUUAAUCAAAAAACUGGUGAAAUCAACAUAACAUCCAUAGUUGAUCGAGAAGUAACUCCGUUUUUCAUUAUCUAUUGCCAGGCUCUAAAUGCACAAGGCCAAGAUUUGGAAAAGAUUCUUGAGCUCAGAGUUAAGAUUUUGGAUAUAAAUGACAACCCUCCAGUGUUUUCUAUGUCUACUUUUCUAGGACAAAUAGAAGAAAAUUCUAAUGCAAAUGCCCUGGUGAUGAAACUCAAUGCUACUGAUGCAGAUGAACCCAAUAAUUUGAACUCAAAAAUAGCCUUCAAGAUCAUAAGCCAGGAGCCUUCUGAUUCAUCCAUGUUCAUUAUCAACAGAUACACUGGAGAAAUUCGAACAAUGAAUAAUUUUCUAGACAGAGAGCUCUAUAGCCAAUAUUCUCUUGCUGUAAGAGGCUCAGACCGAGAUGGAGCAGCAGGUGGUUUGUCAGCAGACUGUGAGUGCAGCAUUAAAAUCCUCGAUGUCAACGACAACAUCCCAUACAUGGAACUGCCUUCAUAUUCCAUAAGUAUUGAAGAAAAUGCUCUGUAUUCAGAUUUGCUCCAAAUUAGAGUCAUUGAUUUGGAUGAGGAGUUCUCAGCUAACUGGAUAGCAGUAAUUUUCUUUAUGUCUGGAAAUGAGGGAAAUUGGUUUGACAUAGAAAUGAAUGAAAGAACAAACGUGGGGAUUUUAAAGGUUAUUAAGCCCUUAGAUUAUGAAGCUGUGAAGAAUCUGCAACUUAGUAUCGGUGUUAGAAAUAAAGCUGAAUUUCAUCAGUCAAUUAUGUCUCAGUACAAGCUCACAGCUACCGCAAUCUCUGUGACUGUGUUAAAUGUAAUUGAGGGUUCAGUGUUCAGCCCAGGUUCAAAGACAUAUGUAGUAACUAGUAACAUGGGACAAAAUUAUCAAGUGGGAGAUUUUAUAGCUACCGAUCUGGACACUGGUCAAGCUUCAACAACUGUUAGAUAUGUAAUGGGAGAUAAUCCAGCUGACCUGCUUGCUGUUGACUCAAAGACAGGCAUAAUUACUUUGAGAAAUAAAGUUACCUGGGAUCAAUAUACAAUGCUUAAUGGAAAAUACCAAGGAACAAUUCUGUCUAUAGAUGAUGCGCUUCAAAGAACUUGUACAGGUACAAUUAUUAUUGACCUUGAAGGUUCUGGCUGGGAACAGUCUCAAAUUAUGACAACAGGUGGCCCCGGCUAUCAAGGAAAACCUACUACUUCUGGAUUGACUAAUGAAGAGUAUGACCACACAAGUGAUGAUGGCUACGGAGAAACAAGUAAUCAAGGAGGAACAGGGGAUCUAUCAGGAGUGCCCAUUAUCGCAGAUAACGUACAUCUUGGUCCUGCUGGCAUUGGACUACUUGUCAUGGGAUUCUUGGUCUUAGGAUUGGUCCCAUUUUUAUUGAUCUGUUUUGAUUGUGGAAGAGCCCCUUGUGAGGGAGCCGGCUUUGAGCCUGUUCCUGAAUGUUCAGAUGGAGCAAUUCAGUCAUGGGCAGUAGAAGAGCCACAGCCUCAGUUCAUGGAUUUGACCACUCUCCCUGUACUACAGAUACCACUGGAUAAUGCAAAUAUGAUUGAAUGUAUUGACAAUUCAGGGAUUUACACAAAUGAGUAUUGUGGUAGAGAAUUGCAAGAUAUGGGAGAAGAUGAAAGAAUGACAGGAUUUGAACUAACCAAAGGAGUUAAAACAUCAAGAGCACCUGAGACAUGUCAAGAAUAUUCUGGAAUGUUCAGAAGAAAUUCUAUGAGGGAGUGUCGAGAAGGAGGUCUGAAUAUGGACUUCAUCGAAAGUUACUUCUGUCAGAAAGCAUACGCUUACGCAGAUGAAGACGAAGGACGGCCAUCCAAUGACUGCUUGCUCAUAUAUGAUAUUGAAGGCGUAGGUUCCUCCGUUGGCUCUGUGGGUUGUUGUAGCUUCAUUGGAGAAGACUUUGAUGACAGCUUCUUGGAUACACUGGGGCCUAAAUUUAAGAAGUUGGCAGAUAUCAGCCUGGGGAAAAGUGUUGAACCAUAUCCAGACCUUGAUCCCUCAUGGCCACCUGAGAGCACUGACCCGAUUUACCCAAGGGGGGAAACAGAGCCCCUUGCUAGUGGACCCCCGCCCAUCUCCCCACGUUACGGCACUACCACAGUCAUUUCUGAGAGCACCUACCCCUCGGGACCUGGUGUACAGCAUCCUAUGCCUAUUCCUGAUCCUCUGGGCUAUGGUAAUGUCACUGUGACCGAGUCUUAUGCCACCUCUGGCACUCUGAAGCCCUCUGUCCACUUUCAUGAUAAUCGACAUGCCUCAGACGUGGUGGUGACAGAGAGGGUGGUCGGCCCAAUCUCUGGCGCCAAUUUGCAUGGAAUGUUAGAGAUGCCUGACUUGAGAGAUGGGUCCAACGUUAUAGUGACAGAAAGAGUAAUUGCACCAAGUUCAGGUCUCCCCACCACUUUGACCAUCCCUGAUCCUAGAGAGUCUUCAAAUGUGGUAGUGACAGAGAGAGUAAUCCGACCCACUUCUGGCAUGAUGGGCAGUUUGAGUAUGCACCCCGACCUGUCGAACGCCCACAAUGUGAUUGUGACCGAGAGGGUUGUCUCUGGCCCUGGCGUAACUGGAAUUAGUGACCCAGCUGGGAUCAUUGGAGGCAGUGGCACAGUCGGCAGUGGCUUCGUUGGCAGUGAAGCUGGAAUCAGUGCCGGUGGCACUGGUGAAGCUGGAAUCAGUGCCGGUGGCACCGGGCUGAGCAGUCUGGGAGGAGGCGGGGGCCUGAGUAGCAGCAUGUUGGGCACAGUCAGCAGUGGCCACAUGAGGAGCUCCUCUGACCAUCACUUUAGCCAGACCCUUGGAUCUGCCUCUCCUACUACAGCCCGAAGUCGAAUCACAAAGUACAGUACAGUACAGUAUACUAAGUAG